GCAGAAGCGCUUGCAGAACGGAUCGGAGCCGCCGCGCCUAUCAGCGGAUCUCCGGAGCGCGCCGGCGGAGGCCCUGCGGGUCUGCCCGUCAGUCCCCGGGAACCGCCCGCCGAGCGCGGAGCCGCCGCCGGAGCCCGAGGCCCAGGACGAGGGAGGAAAAUUCAUCCAAGGAUGGUCUCCCACUCAGAGCUGAGGAAGCUUUUCUCCUCAGCAGAUGCAGUGUGUUUUGAUGUCGACAGCACGGUCAUCAGAGAAGAAGGAAUUGAUGAGCUAGCCAAAAUCUGUGGCGUUGAGGACAAGGUGUCAGAAAUGACACGGCGAGCCAUGGGCGGGGCAGUGCCUUUCAAAGAUGCUCUCACGGAGCGCUUAGCCCUAAUCCAGCCCUCCAGGGAGCAAGUGCAGAGACUCAUAGCAGAGCAACCCCCACACCUGACCCCCGGCAUAAGGGAGCUGGUAAGUCGCCUACAGGAGCGAAAUGUUCAGGUUUUCCUAAUAUCUGGUGGCUUUAGGAGUAUUGUAGAGCAUGUUGCUUCAAAGCUCAAUAUCCCAGCAACCAAUGUGUUUGCCAAUAGGCUGAAAUUCUACUUCAACGGUGAAUAUGCAGGUUUUGAUGAGACGCAGCCAACAGCCGAAUCUGGUGGAAAAGGAAAAGUGAUUAAACUUUUAAAGGAAGAGUUUCAUUUUAAGAAAAUCAUCAUGGUUGGAGAUGGAGCCACAGACAUGGAAGCCUGUCCUCCUGCUGAUGCCUUCAUUGGGUUUGGAGGAAAUGUGAUCAGGCAGCACGUCAAGGAUAACGCCAAAUGGUAUAUCACUGAUUUUGCAGAGCUGCUGGGAGAACUGGAAGAAUAGCUUCCACUGUUGUGCAGCUCCGAACAGCUUCAGACGAAUUUCCAAACGCUAUGCAGAUUGAUGCUGUUUGCUUACAACUGCCCAUUACAACCUGAUACAGAAGGUUGCUACGAUGAUCUGAAUUCUCAGGUAAACUACAGUUAGGACUCCUGGAAGGCUGCUUUUUUUUUUUUUUUAACUGUAGUUCCAGUAUUACAUGAUGAUUAUUACUUUCCUGGAGAGUUUUGUAAUCUGAAUUGUUUAUGUGUGUUCCUAGCUAUAUUUCAUACAAAGCGCUUUAAAGGUGGAGAGUCCAUUAAACAUCUUUACUCUGAGAAAUAUGGAUUCGGCAGCCUUCAGUGAAUAUUGGUUUUCCCUUUGGCGUAUCAAUAAAAGUUUAUCCACAUGUCAGAA